UGGAUGAGCCAUAUCCAACUGAUGACCUACCAGCAAAGGAUAUUGAUAUCUCAGUCUGUGAUGGAUUGGAUGGAUCCAUCCUUGCAGCAGUCAAUCCAACUGAACCAGCUAAGCAGGAGGGGCUGGAACCAAUGGCAGUGGACAUUAUCACUGGCAAUCCUGUACAAAGUAAAAUGCUGAUGGCUGCUAAUGAAACCAGCAGCCAGGCCACAGGUUCUGCUCAGAAUGCGGGUGAUCCUGUAUGCGAGCCAUCUGAUCCUGUUUUGGAAUACCCUGAGCCACCCACUGAGGCUGCUGAUCUGUCUCUGGAGAAUGGAGAGGCUGUACCAGAGGUGACAGGCGACAGCACAGUGUCCCAGCAGCCUGAGGGCAUGGUCACAGACAGGGGUUCCCUCAGCUACACUGGCGAGCCACAGCUCCUCACCACUGUGACUGCACCAUUCUCGGCCAGCAACUUCACCAAGGGAUGCAAAUGGUCACCUGACGGCACAUGUCUGCUGGUGUGCAGCGAGGACGGCCGUCUGCGGGUGCUGAACCUCCCAGAGUCGCUGUACAGCUCCGCGGCCACCGGCGCCGCGCCCGAGACGCCCCUGUCGUCGCUUCAGGUGGCGCUCCAGUCGCGAGAGGGGGAGCUCAUCUACGACUAUACGUGGUUCCCGCUGAUGCGGAGCGACGACCCUGCCACCUGCUGCUACGCAUCCACGAGUCGGGCUCAUCCGAUACACCUGUUUGACGCCUUUGACGGCGGGCUGCGCUGCUCCUACCGUGCCUACAACAGCGUGGACGAGGUGGCCGCGGCGUACAGCGUGGCCUUCGACCCGUGUGGUGAGCGGCUCUUCGCCGGCCUGGACGGCUGUGUCAGCGUGUUUGACGUCAACCGGCCCGGGAGACAGGUGGAGACGCGGAAAAUGAAAGACAAGCAGAGUCUGACCUCCCAGCCGGGCCUGGUCUCCUGCAUACGUUUCUGCGCCGCCGCGCCGGACGUGUACGCCACCGGCUCCUAUCUCCGCUCUAUCGGCCUGUACGGCACGGAGGACGGCGCGCCGCUGUGCGUGCUCCAGGGACAGACGGGCGGCGUCACCCACCUCCAGUUCAGCCCGGACGGCCGGCGACUCUACUCGGGGGGACGAAAAGACCCGGAAGUACUCUGCUGGGACCUGCGGAACCUGGGGAGGAUUCUGUUCUCCAUGCAGAGAAAUGUGACGACGAACCAGCGGGUGUAUUUUGACACCGACUGGAGCGGGAGGUAUCUGUUCAGUGGCGACUGUGACGGCUGUGUCCAGGUGUGGGACACCAUGGACGACACGGCCUCUGACCUCAGCGAAACACUCCUGUUGCCCAGCAUCCGCAAGUUCGGGGCGCACCGGGAUUGCUGCAACGGAGUCAGCGUGCACCCGUGGCUGCCGGUCCUGGCCACCUCCUCCGGCCAGCGGCACCUGUCCGAUCUGCUGGACUCCAGUGACGACGAGGAGGAGGAGGAGGACGGUGAUCCGCCCCACCGCCGUCAGGAGAGCUAUGUCAAACUGUGGUGGGUAGGGGAGUGAUGGACCGAGAGAUCCCUCAAUAUGUGCUAACUUAUGGACUGAUCGUGCCGUCAAUAUGUAGUGGCUGAGGUACUGACAGCACCUCCAUCAAGUGUGUGAAGAACGGGAAUUUGCAUACUUCCCUUUCUCACCGGCUCAAGGAACCUUGGCAAAUUUUGUCACAUCAACGCAAAAUGAAGGCCGUCAUUCAGUCAGCAUCAACAACACACCCGGCCGGAGUAACACUUGUGGACACGAGGUCCCGGGGCUGCACCAGCUACGACAGCGAGCUGUCCGGCGUGAGGCGGCGCAGGAGCUGGCGGCCUUCAAGGUACUCUGGAGUGGACAGCACAGGUCAUUGGCUCUGUGUGAGCUUAUUAUGUGUUGGGUCGGCGCCAUUUCCGUUUUCGCAACUUGCGACUUGUGAGACGCGGUAGUAGCAGUCGUACUGCUGUCGUCUGGAGCUGCCGGGUGUCUCGAACCAGCGCUGUUGACGUAGGGCGUCGAGGUCGCGCUGUUCAUUUGACGCGGGUAGUCCUUUGGAAUAAUGUUUAACCGGCGGGUGGUCCUCCAUGACAUCAGCAGACCCGUGACGCGCGGAAGAAUGUGUAUGUCGUCAUCAACCGUGACGUCACCCAGGGUGAUACGAACGGGAAGAACGCCGAUAGACUUGACGGUGGCUCCGUCAGCUGCUUUCGGGUGUUCGUUGGGCGGUAGAAGGUUCUCAGGGAACUCAUUCAUGUCGUCCAGGAACUGGAUACCUCCAACACUGAUGUCCGCUCCGGUGUCGGGCAGCGCGUCCACAUCAGCAGAGUAGUACGCCUCUACGCGUACCCGCACCCUCGGGGCACCCUGUACCGAUGCAGACGCGAUGAUAGCCGAUGUGCUGGGGCUCCGGCGGUCCACGUGAUUCGCCGUUUCACCAUCCCGCCGGAAACGGACUCGGCCGUACCCGUCUGGAGACUGCCGUUGGCGACUACGAGAGGCGCGACGAUCCCCUGUCGUUGCACGGUGCCGAUCGCGGGGAGAUGGUGACCGGUACACCUCUCGGGGCGGCGACGACAUGUGCCGACCUCUCGGAGACUGAGGCCGGUCUCGCGGCGGAGAUGACAGGUACCGAUCACGGAGCGGUGGGGACCGAUACCGGUCCCGGGGCGGCGGGGAUCGGUACCGUCCGUACGACCCCUCGCGGCUCCGCCGGCCGUCGGUCCUCGACCGGCACACAGCUGCGAAGUGGUCCGGUCCCCGGCAGGCCCGACACCGCAGCCCGCGGGCGGGGCACUGCUGGCCGGGUCGGUGCGUCCGCCGACCGCAGCCAGUGCAGGCGGCCGGACCGCCACCGGUCCGGGGCGACCACACCUGCAGGGCCGACGGGCCGUCCGCAGUGCCGCCGUGCAGCUCCCGUGCGUCGCGAGAUGCCGCCUCCUGCGCCCUGCAAACAGUAACAGUGGCCGACAGAGACAGGUCCGGUGUUGCACACAGACAUCGAACGGUCUCUGCAGACCUCAGACCCAUAAUGAUUCUAUCCCUUAUAAGCGAAUCGCGACAUUCAGUGCAAAAAUUGCAGCUGCGGGCGAGUUCUCUAAGGGACGUUAAAAAGUCAUCAAAGGAUUCGCCCUGUUCCUGUACCCGUUCGUUGAACUUUUUGCGCUCAACGACCUCAUUGAUUUGGCCGUUCGCGUAUUUCUCUAGAGCCUCGAUGGACUUUCUCACGUCAGUACGAUCGGGUCCACUUAGCUCCAGGUUCCGAAGCAAUCUGAUUGUGUCGUCCGUGAGGCAGUCUCGGAGAGCGGCUAUCUGGAUGCGGGGCUCUGCCCGCUCCAGACCAGACAACAGCACAUAAUCUUCCCAUCGCUCUCGCCAGACGUGAAAUAACUCGCCUCGGUCGCUGGCGAUGUCCAGCCUGUCCGGUCGUGCGUGCCGGCCGGCCCACGUCGGGCCAGCUCCUGCAGCUGGAGCCACGACACCACUCCGCGAAACGUCCACAGUCUCACCGUUAUGAGACAUCGCCGUCACUCGUCGGUUCCGCAACACUUAUCACUUAACACCGCGGUUCACUACCCUGUCGGCUGCGCCAUGUGAGACGCGGUAGUAACGUUCCGGCGUGUAUUGGUGCUCCGCUCCAACUCACCACCAAGGGACCAGGAACCCAGCCGGCCGGCCGACUGCCGGAGGGCAGGGCACGGCAGUGGCGUCUCCAGGGACUCAACUCGGGCACACACCGGCACACCACGCACAAUGGAGGCGGGGACACCAGCACACGACUUGACGCAGGACCCACAACUCAUAUUGUGCCUGCUGGAGUUCCUACGUGAGGAUCUGUUAUAGGUGCAGCGGAAACAACCGCACUCAAGGCAGGGACAUGACGGCUUCCCAGGCGGCCAAACUGGCCCUGGACGACGACUUCAAGGGUACAAUCGUUCCCUUACAAUAUGGGACCAGUACAAGUCCACGCUGCGCUGCAUCAGCUGCGGGAACCACUCGGCGAAGUUCGAGGCGUUUUCACUCCUCUCCGUGCCGAUGCCAGCCAGGUCCAGUCAGUGUUCGCUUCAUGAGUGCAUCCAGCUUCUUGUGGAGGGCGACACAAUCAGCGGCUGGACUUGCCCGGAAUGCCCUAAGCAGCGAAGGGGGCACCAAGCCGCUGGGCAUCUGGCGUCUCCCACCAGUACUGAUCAUAUUCCACGUAUGUACAUACAGGGCUUUUACUACGAUGUCGCUUGAAGGAAGAAGCGGUGUAACGUCCAGUUUCCUAUAGAAAAUAUGGUCAGUGUCGACUGGACUGAUAUGAAAAUAUGGACGGCACCGUUGUUUGUGUUCCUCAGAGGAAAAGGCUGUGAUAUCACUUAGCCUCAUUUUGUAUUUCUCUGGUCACGAUUGGUGGUUGUGUAAUUUGUCUGAAACAAUUAUGAUGAAAUCGUAUGUUGAAUGUCUACACUUUGUAUGGUUUUUAAUGCAUCA